AUGCUGGAGCAGCACAGUGCAGCCUCCCUGGUCCUCUCACACACACCUGCGUUCAGUAAAAACACCAGCCAUUACACAGGAGCGACCCCCGAGCCUCCACACCGCAACUAUUACACAGGAGCGACCCCCGAGCCUCCACACUGCAACUAUUACACAGGAGCGACCCCCGAGCCUCCACACUGCAACUAUUACACAGGAGCGACCCCCGAGCCUCCACACUGCAACUAUUACACAGGAGCGACCCCCGAGCCUCCACACCGCAACUAUUACACAGGAGCGACCCCCGAGCCUCCACACCGAGCGACCCCCGAUUACACAGGAGCGACCCCCCCCGAGCCUCCACACCGCAACUAUUACACAGGAGCGACCCCCGAGCCUCCACACCGCAACUAUUACACAGGAGCGACCCCCGAGCCUCCACACCGCAACUAUUACACAGGAGCGACCCCCGAGCCUCCACACCGCAACUAUUACACAGGAGCGACCCCCGAGCCUCCACACCGCAACUAUUACACAGGAGCGACCCCCGAGCCUCCACACCGCAACUAUUACACAGGAGCGACCCCCGAGCCUCCACACCGCAACUAUUACACAGGAGCGACCCCCGAGCCUCCACACCGCAACUAUUACACAGGAGCGACCCCCGAGCCUCCACACCGCAACUAUUACACAGGAGCCACCCCCGAGCCUCCACACCGCAACUAUUACACAGGAGCGACCCCCGAGCCCCCACACCGCAACUAUUACACAGGAGCGACCCCCGAGCCUCCACACCGCAACUAUUACACAGGAGCGACCCCCGAGCCUCCACACCGCAACUAUUACACAGGAGCGACCCCCGAGCCUCCACACCGCAACUAUUACACAGGAGCGACCCCCGAGCCCCCACACCGCAACUAUUACACAGGAGCGACCCCCGAGCCUCCACACCGCAACUAUUACACAGGAGCGACCCCCGAGCCUCCACACCGCAACUAUUACACAGGAGCGACCCCCGAGCCUCCACACCGCAACUAUUACACAGGAGCGACCCCCGAGCCUCCACACCGCAACUAUUACACAGGAGCGACCCCCGAGCCUCCACACCGCAACUAUUACACAGGAGCGACCCCCGAGCCUCCACACCGCAACUAUUACACAGGAGCGACCCCCGAGCCUCCACACCGCAACUAUUACACAGGAGCGACCCCCGAGCCUCCACACCGCAACUAUUACACAGGAGCGACCCCCGAGCCUCCACACCGCAACUAUUACACAGGAGCGACCCCCGAGCCUCCACACCGCAACUAUUACACAGGAGCGACCCCCGAGCCUCCACACCGCAACUAUUACACAGGAGCGACCCCCGAGCCCCCACACCGCAACUAUUACACAGGAGCGACCCCCGAGCCUCCACACCGCAACUAUUACACAGGAGCGACCCCCGAGCCUCCACACCGCAACUAUUACACAGGAGCGACCCCCGAGCCUCCACACCGCAACUAUUACACAGGAGCGACCCCCGAGCCUCCACACCGCAACUAUUACACAGGAGCGACCCCCGAGCCUCCACACCGCAACUAUUACACAGGAGCGACCCCCGAGCCUCACAGGAUACAGCAGACUCAGCGAGUGAACAGGCAGAGCAGACAGGCCGAGGCAGAGAGAGCUAUGCGAAGAAUUCCCUGCCAGGGACAGAGAAUCCCGGCCAAAUCUACAAUCAGAUAA